AUGUCAUCGCAUAGACCUUGGGUUUCUUGUUACUUUCCCCCUUUAGGAGUUAAUGUGUUGGCUAGUAAAAGUUCAGGCGUGCGAGUUUAUGAUGCACAAACUGGAAUUCUUAAUAAGGAAACACUGUUAGUUACGUGUUCAACAAAUCAGCUAGAUGCUCGUAUAUCUAUUCGUUACUUUUCUCCUAACGAGCGUCUUGUUAUAGCCAAAGGAACAGAAUUUAAUGCCAGGAGGCACUUCAACGAAUCAAUAUUACUUCAUGGUUUUCUUAAUAAGCCUGUGCAAAUCGAAGCCGAGAAAGUUGUUCUUGAGUUUGACUCAUACCAGGGUCUAUUCUGGAAUUACUUCUUCCAUGUGCAAUUAAAUCGUCUAAUGUGUAUGAAGAAGUGA